CUAGUAGCGAUGCACUUGUUACUACUAGCUUCUUCUUAGGAACCAUUGAGCAAAACCUUUAGAUUUAAUCCUAAUUGCAAUGGCCUUCAUUCUAAUAGCUUGGAGAACUUACUUCUCAGGAGAGUCGCGCAAGAGGAGCCCCUAGUAGCGUGUAGCGAUGCCAGGAGCCCGUAAUAGCGUCCUUGUUCCUAGAUUUUGGGUUCCUAGAAUCUUAGGGAAACUUUUUGUAUUGAGUUGCUGUCCGCGUCAGUGUUUUGUUGCCAGUUUUGUGCGAAUGGGUUGAUAGUUGCUGGCCUUUGGCUUAACCCUGUCAUACCCUGUGCCGAAUGCGACAGGCAUGAUCUAUGCAUGUGAUGCAAGCAGGCGCACAGGCCCUCCAUGGAGGCAGCACACUUAGUGAUGGUGCGACUACUUUAGCAUUGAGAAGCUCAGCGUCCAAAAUGACGCACCCCGAACUCAUGACGCUGCUCAACGUUGCGACUGCCAGCCUAGGUUACACUCGUCCCAAGUACGACUUUGUUUAUAUGCCAUGGGCCAAAUUGGCCUUUGUGAACUUUGAAGACCAUGAGAGCUGCAAGGCAUACUUUGGAAUCUUUCGCAAUGUGUGCAGACUGGGAUUGGAGAAUCCAGGUGUUUCUGAUGUGGCUGAAGCAUUUGUGCAGGGUUUGGCAGAGAACUUGGCCUUCUUCAUAUCCAAAUGCGGAUGGGAGGCAAUCACUGACGCAAGAGCACCCUUGGUCUUCGAACAAGGAGAACCGCUAGUUCUAAUGGAUGCUAUCGAUAGGCACGUGAGUGCAGGGCUCCUGGCCGAAUACCAGCGUAGAUUGAGAAGUCAUCCGAGAAGUGGCAGUUUACGUGCCCCACAAGCUCAAUGGCGAGCAGUUCAAGUCGAUCACAGUUCUUCAAGCGGUACCAUCGCUGCGAGGUGGUCUUUCAGUUGGAGAACAGUGUUCACGUUCAAACACAUGAUAUAAAGAAGAGUAACAAUAAGCUACUAGGAACAAGUGCAUCGCUUCUAGUAACAAGUGCCUUACUAGUAGUAACAAGAAACUACUAGGAACAAGUGCAUCGCUACUAGUAACAAGUGCCUUACUAGUAGUAACAAGAAACUACUAGGAACAAGUGCAUCGCUAAAGAAGAGUCAGAGACCGGUAACUUUGAAAAACGACAUUUUAGUGAGCAUUCGCUUCAGCACGUAGGCCGGUAUCAAGCAGUGGAGCUGGAGUGGUAUUCCAACUGUGACUCUCGGCCGGUCCUUUUCCAACGAAAGGCCGCCGAGCCACAAGAAUGUUGAUAUCAUUGAUAUUAUUUUUGAUAUCUUGCUCUUUGCCUUUUGUCUUGUGGUGUUUGACCACAAGCCCGCACGUCCAACAUUGGCGUCAAGUCUUGAGUUUGCAACUUUGGGAUGGAAGGCGUUUUCGCUGAACCACC